AUGGAUAAAUUGUUAGAGGAGCAACAGGAGUACUACAAUCAACGCAGUGGGGAGUACGACGAUUGGUGGAACAGAAAGGGCGACUUUGACCAUGGCGAGCAGUCCAACACUGAGUUCACCAGCAACAGGUCUGGCAUUUAUAGCUUCCUGGAAACGGUGACUGGCGAGUCGGUUAUGGGUCCUGGCCAACUGCGUGUCCUGGAGCUCGCGCCUGGUACUGGCAACUUCACCCAUUUCUUCUUGCGCAACACUCCUAAGCGCUUCAACUUGCGCUGUGAGGAGGGCUCCCCUGACAUGAUGCGCGUGCUAGGUAACAAGUACGCUGAGCUGGUCGCCGCGGCCGGCGACGCCUUCCAAAUCCACCAGACCAACUUGCUCAAUGAGCAGUUCGCACCGGAGAAGGAGCACUACGACAUUGUCUUCUUGGGCUUCUUCAUCAGCCACGUCCCACCCGAGUUGUUUGCCAGCUUCUUUGGCAAGAUCUUCGCGGCACUCAAGCCUGGCGGCAGGAUCAUCUUUGCCGACUCCUUCUUCCCACUGCGCAACAAAAUGGUUAACCAAGAUGCUCACGAAGCUGUAGUCAAUCGUGUUGAAUAUCAACAACAACAAUCAAAUGAUUAUGUUAUUGAAAGGAAGUUACUCAAUGGUGAUAAGUUCAGGAUUGUAAAGGUUGGAUUCUCCGUGGAUGAUAUCAUAUCUAUAUUGCAGCCACAUGGAUUCGUUAUGACUCACGGUGAUGGAUGUUCAGUCAACUCUACAUUCAUUUAUGGCAGUUUCUCAAAGCCAACUACUAUUGCCCAAUCAAAUUGA